AUGCUGAGACUUUGGAAGGUCAACCUGCCUUUCAGCGACGCGCUCAAGCAUACUCUUGAGAGCCUGGAACCACAUCGCGAUAAGCCAUUGUCACCCGUAGAUGGAAUGCUCAAGGUUUUUGACAGUCCUCCUCAACGUGAGGACCUGCAUAUUGUUAUCCAACCACUACCCGCUGGCAUACAGAAAGACCCGGACCUCACCAUCCACUGGGAUCGACCCCCUUCGGCUGCACACACUAUACCCAGCACGCUUCUUCAUCCAAUCUUCGGUGCAUUCAUGGACGACUGUGAAAAUCACGAACCAACGCCAGACGAUAAUAAGCUGGUCAUGGCACUGUCGGCGACUAUGUCUGGCUUCUUCACAGACGAGACGGGACGAGCUUCCAAAUUCCGUGAACUCCUGCGGCAGCACGACAUCGACCUAAGGGCCACGACAAUCGACGGCAGCAACUACACCACCGACGGUGAUGUGCAGUACAAAGGCUUCCGCUAUGCAAUUGCCGAAGUCAAGAACGAGAUAGGGUCCACGAAGGCCGAACCCCACAUGCAAGUCCUUUCAUAUUAUAUACAUUCCACGACCUCUUUCUCGAAGGAGAAGCCUGCAUUUAGGUUUCCCUGUAUAGCAAUCACACUCUUUGGGUCACACAUCGAUUUUUCAGCCGCUGUUUGGAGUACGCGUCCGAACAUGCAGGUAAUUUCGACUGCUUUACCUCUGUUCCAUCACUACACCGAUACCAAAAUGCGUGUGAUGAUCGCGCGGCACGUUGGUGCGCUUAGGAAAGCUCUUCUGUCUCUAUCGGAAUGCUACGAACGCAUGUCAUCAAACACUACGUCUCCUUCUACUGAUCCACACCUUAAAUUUCUGGACUCGGAAUUUCCAGAUCCCAGUUUCCCAUACCCGUAUUCUUAUACUUGCAUCGAGACAUCGUCGACGUGUCGUUUCACGUACUGCCAUCAAAUGGAUACCACCAAGCUGCUCUUUUCCGCCAAGACAACCGACGACAAGAUGCUCUGCAUCAAGUUCGUCCGUCGUUACUCUAAGGAAGUACAUCAACGAUGUGCUUCCGGCGGCUUCGCUCCAGUACUCUACGGCUUUGAACACCUACCGGGCGGCUGGUACAUGGUUGUGAUGGAGAUUAUCACAGAUGAUUACUGUUGUCUUGGGGAACUUUCCGUUCCUUACCCGCAUCACGACGCGCUCACUGCGGGACUCCAGUCUCUUCACCAAGAAAAUUAUGUUCAUGGAGACAUUCGAAAUACAAACGUUAUGGUAAAAAAGGAUUGCAGCCCUGGAUUCAAACUUGUGGAUUUCGACUGGUCCGGGAUAAUAGGCGAAAUCCGAUACCCAAUCAACGUAUAUCGAGGAAAACGUCUAUGGAGGCCUGCUGGAGCAGAAGACGGACAGUUGAUCCUGGCUGAACAUGAUAUUCAGAUGUUGCACGCCAUGUUGCUUCGAGUUUGA